GUUUUGGUUUAUUAAGGAGUUUUGGAGUGUUUUGAAAGUUGAUAUUAUGCGGUUUGUGUCUGAAUUCCAUCGCAAUGGAAAGCUGGCAAAAGGCAUCAAUACUACUUUUAUUGUUCUUAUCCCAAAAGUGGACAACCCUCAAAGAUUGAAUGAUUUUCGCCUGAUUUCUCUGGUGGGGAGUUUAUACAAAAUCAUUGCGAAAUUAUUAGCUAAUAGAUUUAGAUUAGUUAUUGGCAGUGUUGUGUCUGAUACGCAGUCGGCCUUUGUAAAUAAGCGUCAAAUUCUGGACGGUAUUCUGAUUGCUAAUGAGGUUGUUGAUGAAGCAAGCAAGUUUAAGAAGGAUCUCAUGUUAUUUAAAGUGGAUUUUGAAAAGGGGUACGAUCCGGUCGAUUGGGGUUAUCUUGAUGAGGUUUUGCAGUGCAUGUCUUUUCCGGUGUUGUGGAGGAAAUGAAUUAGAGAAUGUGUUAGUACCGCUACAGCUUCUGUGUUAGUUAAUGGCAGCCCUACAGAUGAAUUCCCGCUUAAGAGGGGUCUCCGGCAGGGGGAUCCUCUGUCACCUUUUUUGUUCCUUCUGGCAGCUGAGGGUUUGAAUAUUUUGAUGAAAGCUAUGGUUGACAAUCACUUGUUUACAGGGUACUCGGUUGGGACGGUUAAUCCGGUGAGAGUCUCUCAUUUACAAUUUGCUGACGAUACUUUGUUGUUAGGUAAGAAAAGCUGGGCCAAUGUUCGGACUCUCCGUGCUACUCUUGUCAUUUUUGAGACCAUGUCGGGUUUGAAGGUUAAUUUUAAUAAAAGUUUGUUAGUUGGUGUUAAUAUUUCCGAGUCUUGGUUGGUUGAGGCGGCUUUAGUGUUGAGUUGUAAAGUGGGCAAGAUUCCUUUCAUGUACCUUGGUCUUCCUAUUGGGGGUAAUCCGCGUCGUUUGUCGUUUUGGGACCCUGUUGUGAAUAAAAUUAAAUCUAGACUGUCUGGUUGGAAUAGCCGGUUUUUAUCGUUCGGUGGUCGCUUAGUCCUCUUGAAAGCAGUUCUGACUUCUUUGCCUGUCUAUGCUCUUUCCUUCUUUAAAGCUCCAUUAGAUUCUUGGGUUUGGCUUCCUGACCCCAUUGGAGGUUUCACAGUUCGAGGUGCUUAUGAGGUCCUUGCAGCGUCUGCCAAUCCCAACAGGGAUAGUGCUUUGGAUUUGGUUUGGCAUCAUCAGGUUCCUUUGAAGAUUUCAAUCUCCGCUUGGCGUCUCAUUAGGGAUCGGUUACCGACGAGAGCAAAUUUGGCAGCACGUGGUAUCUUACAGUUAGACACGGCUUGGUGUGUGGCAGGGUGUGGUAUGAUUGAGACAGCAGAUCACUUAUUUCUUUCAUGCCCUUUUUUUACGGUUUUAUGGGAGCAGGUGCGGCACUGGUUAGGUUGUGCUGGGGUUGACUCCAACACUAUUUCUCAUCACUUUGUGCAGUUCACUGGUUUGGCAGGUUUUGGCAAAGCUAGGAGGUCUUUUCUUCAGUUAAUAUGGCUUCUGGCAUCUUAGGUGAUUUGGAAUGAGCGUAAUAUUCGUUUGUUUAAAAAUGUGUUUACUGAGGUUCCUAGAUUACUUGAUAAAAUUAUGUUGUUAUCUUUAGCUUGGCUGAAAGCUAAAAAUGCCACUUUUGUUUUUGGAACUCAGAUGUGGUGGUCAAGUCCUAUGGUUUGUUUGGGCUUUGGCUAAUCACCGGAGGUUGUUUCCUCUUGACUUUGUUACUGUGUUGUUCUCUUUGUGUUGUUGUUAGUGGUCUUUUGGCACACCUUGUGCGAAGAGAUUGCUAUCGCUUUUGGUAAUAUAAUUUCAUUUUG